AUGAGUUCGCUAGACUUCGCCAACGCGCUGUUUUCAAAAUACCAACAAGUCGCUGCGAGUUGCUCCGCUCUGCUCUUCACAGACUCGCCAACUUCUCCCUUCCCGUCUUCCUCUAUCGCUCCUGCCGUGUCUUCUUCGUGCGCCCUCGUGUCCAGCGGAAAUCAGUUCCAUGUCUCCAGUGGGAGAGGCAACGGAGGGCUCCCUUUCCCUCCCUCCUCGUCUGCUUCAUCUCCUUCCUCCUCCUCCUCCUUCCCCUCCACCUCUGCCUCCUCAUCGUUCCGUUUGUCUCUUUCGGGUUUGAACCGGAGCAGCGGGAGUACUCAGCCCGGCGCGCAUCCUUUCAGCCCCGCUCAAGUGCGCGCAGGAGGGGCUUACAGCGCGCCACGAGCCGGGGCGCUGUGCUUCUCUGCGCAGGGAUGCGCCGCGGAGCGGUUCCCCGAUCCGGCCCAGCUCUGCUCACUGACCACCAGGUACCCUGAGCCGGCCUGCAGGCGGCAGAGUAGCCCGGAGCAGCAGCAGCAGCGGCGGCAGUCAAACGAGGAGGGGCCACGGAUUUACCCCUGGAUGAGAAGCACAGGGGUCGACAGAAGGCGCGGGCGGCAGACGUACACGCGUCACCAGACGCUCGAGCUGGAGAAGGAGUUCCACUUCAACCGGUACCUCACGCGGCGACGACGGAUCGAGAUCGCGCACGCGCUCUGCCUCACGGAGCGGCAGAUCAAGAUCUGGUUCCAGAACCGGAGGAUGAAGUGGAAGAAGGAGAACAGGUUGACCGGGAGCGGUUCCCCAACAGCAGCUUUACCGACUGGUGAAGAAGAAGAGGAGGAGGAAGACGAGGAGUAA